UAAUCGCCGAAAGAUCUCUACCGUGAUAUAACCAACUAAACGGUCUAAAACCCCAUAAGCCCUAGCUCUUGCCAGUGUGGGAUGCAUUCCGUUGUCGGAAAAUUUUUCGUUGCUGAAUAGGAAGAGUUUAAAGAAAUGGGGAAGAAAAGGCAAAAGCAAAAGAUAGUGUUGCCACCCGAAUUACCACCGGAGAUAGCCGAGGAGGAAAUCGAGGUAUCUGACGAUGACUUGCAAUUUGUCAAUGAAAAUCGCGAUUAUGCUGGCUUCGUUUCUCGCUUGGACACCGAUUCCAUCACUAGGCAUGUUACUCGCAUAGCUGAUUUGGAAAAAGAUGAUAUAGAAGCCGCAUAUGAGAAGCGGCUGGUACGGAAGUUACAGAAGCAACAAGAGGAGGAAAAGCGGCUUGAAGUUGAUCCCGUUGAUGCUCUUCCUGUGAAGACUUUAGAUGGAAAACUUUACUAUCGGACGUCAGCAUCCAAAGCAACGGAUGCUGACAAAGAUGGAGACGAUGAAAAAGAUGAUUCCGGUGAUGAUAAAGGUAUAUUCAGGUCGACAAAAGCUGAAAGGAGGGCAAAGCUCAAAAAGGCCAAGAAAGAGGCGAAGAAACAAGGGAAGGAAGUGGAGAAAACUGAGGAAGUGCAAGAAACUCCACAAGCAGCUGCGCUGGCUGAGGUGAAAGAAGAUCUCACAGCUGAAGAAGCGUUUGAAAGCAAGAAGCGUAAGCUUGCUGAGCUAGGAAUUGGAUUGCUGGCAGAUCCAGAGUCCAACAUAAAAUCUCUGAAAGAGAUGUUUCAAUUCUGUAAAGAUGAUGACCAUACUGUUGUUAAACUUGGAUUGUUAUCCUUGUUGGCUGUUUUUAAAGACAUUAUUCCAGGCUACCGGAUUAGGCUUCCAACUGAAAAAGAGCUAGAAAUGAAAGUUUCCAAGGAAGUUAAGAAGAUGCGUUACUAUGAGUCAACACUUCUGUCUGUAUACAAGGCAUUUUUGUUGAAGCUGAUGGCGUUAGAGAAGCAGUCUAAGUUUCAGCAUGUAGCUGUUCGCUGCUUUUGUAUUUUACUUGAAGCGGUUCCCCACUUCAACUUUCGUGAGAACUUGUUAGGUGCUGUGGUCAAAAACAUAGGCUCCCCAGAUGAUGUCAUAAGGAAACUCUGUUGUGCCACUAUGAAGUCACUCUUCACUAAUGAGGGGAAGCAUGGAGGUCAAGCUACUGUGGAAGCUGUGCGGUUGAUAGCUGAUCUUGUUAAAGCUCAUAAUUGUCAACUGCAUCCUGAUUCUGUUGAGGUGUUCUUGUCAUUGACCUUUGAUGAAGAUCUUGGAAAGGCUGAGGAACAACAGAAGGAAAAUAAAGCUAAAAACAAGAAAAGCAAAAAGAGAGGGAAUAUUGAGGAGCCAAGUCAAUUGCAACAAAAUGAUAGAAAAAGAAGUAGAAAAGAGAUGAUGUCAAAAAUGAGGGAGGAGGUUGCUGCUGAUUAUAAGGCUGCUGCUUUUGUCCCAGACGUUUUGGAGCAGAGAAGGAUGCAAUCUGAGACACUUUCUGCUGUCUUUGAGACAUAUUUUCGCAUCUUGAAGCAUGCCAUGCAGUCAACCGCAUCCAGUAAUGAAGCGGUGGAUAAUUUAGUUGCCAGUGCUCCUGGAGCCCAUCCACUGCUUGCCCCUUGUCUGAACGGAUUAGGAAAGUUCUCUCAUCUAAUUGAUCUUGAUUACAUUGGAGAUCUCAUGAAUUAUCUGAAAAAGCUUGCUGGUGGUGGUAGCAACUCUAACAGUUCCUCAGAAAAAUGUGCCAAGUACUUGAGUGUAUCUGAACGUCUUCAGUGCUGCAUUGUUGCCUUUAAAGUGAUGAGGAUCAAUUUAGAUGCGCUGAAUGUCGAUUUACAGGGCUUUUUCGUGCUGUUGUACAAUCUUAUACUUGAGUACAGGCCUGGAAGAGAUCAGGGUGAAAGACUGGCAGAAGCUUUGAAGAUUAUGUUAUGUGAAGACAGACAGCAUGAUAUGCAAAAGGCUGCUGCAUUUGUAAAACGGUUGGCCACAUUCUCUCUUUGCUUUGGAUCGGCUGAAUCAAUGGCAGCUUUGGUAACUUUGAAGUAUCUUCUUCAGAAGAAUGUGAAAUGCCGGAAUCUAUUGGAAAAUGAUGCAGGGGGUGGCUCAGUUUCUGGUUCUAUUGCAAAAUAUGAGCCAUAUGCCUCAGACCCUAAUUUAAGUGGCGCCCUAGCGUCGGUCCUAUGGGAACUCAAUCUUCUCUCAAAGUAUUACCAUCCAGCUGUUUCAACGAUGGCUUCAAGCAUUUCAAGCAUGAGUAGUGCUCAUAAUCAAGUAUUUCUUUCCUCAGUGUCUCCUCAACAAGCUUUUGCAGACUUGUCACUUGAACGGGAGUUACUCAACCCGAAAUUCGACAUUAGAAAAUCAAAUAACAAGAGAAAGAAGGGAUCGUCUAACGCGGGUAGUGUGGAAAGAACUCUAGAUACGAGUUCAGUUGACGAAAAUGAGUUGAGAGAGAAACUUUCUGAUCAUUUCAUGACCCUUCGCAAUUUCAAGGAAAGUGAAAGAUUAAGAGGUGAAUUAAAUCGCACCACAUUAGCCCUGCAAUUAUAUGAUGAAUACAAGAAGCAGAAGAAAAAGAGCAAGAAGGCUUGAUUGGUAUCAAGAAAAUUAAUGUAGAAACUAUUAUUUUUCUAUAAUGUAGAAAAAAUUAAUUUCAUUU